GCGGCUAACUGAAGCGCAUCACAGCUCACAGCCACGCCCGCACUCGACCACGCAUUUCCCGCCAUGGAGACGGCCCAGCAGAGCCCCGCGCCCGGCGCGCUGAGCUGGAGACUCAGCAGCCACCCCAUCACUCUGCUGACCUUCCUGUUCUUCCGCAUUUCCUCCCUGCUCGUCUACAUCCUCGGCCUGCGCCUGCUGUCCUCCAACUUCGUGCUCAUCUUCAUCAUCACCAUGCUGCUCCUCGCCAUGGACUUCUACUACCUCAAGAACAUCGCGGGGCGGCGCCUGGUCGGGCUGCGGUGGUGGAACGAAGUGGACACGGCGACGGGCGACGGGCGGUGGGUGUUUGAGAGCGCGGAGCCCGGCGCGCGUGACGAGAACGCGACAGACCGCCGCUUCUUCUGGAUUGCGCUGUACGCCCAGCCCGUGCUGUGGGUGCUGCUGGCGGUGCUCGCGCUGGUCAGUCUGGAGUUCAUCUGGCUGACGCUUGUUGUUAUUGCGCUCGUCCUCACCAUCACGAAUACCCUGGCCUUCUCGAGGUGCGAUAAGUUUGGCCAGGCGAGCGGGUUUGCGUCGAAUGCGCUUUACGGGUCUGGGCUGGCGAGCAAUCUGGCGAGUGGGGUUAUUGGCGGCCUGUUCAGGCGAUGAGCGGGUGGCAUGGGGUGAUAAAGCGAGUACUGGGAGUGGGCAUGGCGCAUGGAGUUUACAGUCUGGAAUUACAGUCACGGCGCUGAGUUUACACCCACACAGCAUGAUAGACAGAUAUCCUAUGAAUUUGCCGUCAGAAUGCAUCUUGUAUUGAGCAUA